AUGAGCGUGGAUGCUUUGGGGAGCCCAGUGAUGGACCCUGCUGCACUCUCCAAACGGAACACGGCGCUGAGAUUAGUACACUUGGCAGGGGCUCAUCACCACCAUCAUCAUCUCCACCCCCCUCAGAGCAUGACAGGCUUCCCGGGCAUCGCCGGGCAUCCCCACUCAGUGGCUCCCACGCACCCUGGGGAGUACGCCGCGGAAUCUCGCCUAGGGCCGAGUCCAUUCCGGCCUGAACACAUGGGGCACCACCACCACCAUCAUCAUCAUCAUCCUCACCACCCUGCGGCCCUUAAACUCAGCCCUGCCCCUCAUCCUCAUCCUCACCACCAGUACCACCACCACCACCACCACCAUCAUCAUAUGGCAGGCCAAGCUGAGGUGGUCUCUAGUCAAACAGGAACGUUUGGCCCGGCGCAGUCAACAGCAGUCCCUUACCCAGUGUCUCGCACAGCCCAGGCUAUUUCAGCAGGUAGGGACUUCUUAAUACGCAGAGAUCUGACAGCUCCAGUCAUGCCAGGGCUAACUGAGCAACACACUGCUACAAGUUCUCACCACGGAAUGUUUGUCUCAACAACAGGUAGCUACCCCGGACACCAUGGUCACCACCACUCAGAAGCUGGGAAUCAUUCUCUGUUCUCUGGACUCCAUGAGCAGCCUCCCCAUGCAACUCCAGGUGGCCAUCUAAACGGACAGAUAAGACUGGGGUUACCUGGAGAAAUGUACGCCAGGUCUGAACAUUUCACUCAAGUACCAGCCUCCAGGACCGAUCCUUUUGCUGCUUCCUCGCUUCAUAGCUACGGUGGCAUGAAUCUGAACGUGAAUCUGGCUCCACACCACGGCCCUGGUGCUUUCUUUCGUUACAUGAGGCAGCCCAUCAAACAGGAACUCAUCUGUAAAUGGAUUGAGUUGGACCAGACUCCCAAAAAAUUAUGCUCGAAAACUUUCACCACAAUGCACGAGCUGGUGACUCAUGUCACAGUGGAGCAUGUUGGAGGACCCGAGCAGUCCAAUCACAUAUGUUUCUGGGAAGAGUGUCCAAGAGAGGGGAAACCUUUCAAAGCCAAAUAUAAACUUGUAAAUCACAUCAGAGUCCACACAGGUGAAAAACCCUUCCCCUGCCCUUUCCCAGGCUGUGGGAAAGUGUUUGCUAGAUCAGAAAAUCUCAAAAUACACAAAAGAACUCACACAGGAGAAAAACCAUUCAAAUGUGAAUUCGAAGGCUGUGACAGACGAUUUGCCAACAGCAGUGACAGGAAGAAGCACUCUCACGUGCACACCAGCGACAAACCCUACAACUGCAAAGUGAGAGGCUGCGACAAGUCCUACACCCACCCCAGUUCCUUGAGGAAACACAUGAAAGUGCACUGCAAAUCCCCUCCUCCGAGUUCAGGCUACGAGUCCUCCACACCUUCCCUGGUGUCUCCCUCCUCGGACUCCGGCCGGGACCCUCCUGCUUCCUGUUCUCACGCAGAGCCAGUAGCAUCGUCGCAAACUGCAGCUAACCUGAGCGAAUGGUACGUGUGUCAGAGCUCGGGGGCCAGUGGCAUCCCAACUCCUCCCAGUAACUCUCCGUCACCUAACCCGGGAGAGGCUUCUUACACGAACUGUGAGCCCAGGCCCAAUUAUUAG